GCGGCGGAGGUGCGGGGCGGCCGCGGAGCUGCGACGCCGCGGGAGUGAGAGGCGAAGGCGGAUAAGUGAAUGGAACUUCAGAAGGGGAGCUGCUAAAAGUGACAGAAAAUGGCAUAUCGAAGAGAUGAAAUGUGGUCUGAAGGGCGAUAUGACUAUGAAAGAGUUCCAAGAGAACGUCUCCCUCCAAGGAUUCAUGGUGAUGGUGAUUACCAUAGAAUAGUAAACAUUGUGCCCAAGAAACCUCCACUGCUUGAGAGACCUGGGGACGGGAAUUACAGUCGCUAUGACGAUUACGGUCACGCUGAGUACAGAGACUAUGAGGAGGGUCGUAGUUUUUCCCAUGCCCGAAGAAGCGGCCCUCCACACCGAGGUGUACGUAAGGAUGAAUCAGGAUACAGAUGGGCAAGGGAUGAUCAUCCUACAAGACCUGAAUACAGGGAUGUCAGAGAUGGCUUCAGAAGAAAAAGCUUUUAUUCUUCUCAUUAUGUGAGAGAUCGAUCCCCUCACAAGCGGGACUCUCCUUUCUUCAGGGAAUCGCCAGGGAGCCGGAGGGAUUCUCCGCACAGCAGAUCUGGCUCUAGUGUCAGCAGCAGGAGCUACUCUCCUGAAAGAAGCAAAGCCUAUCCUUUCCACCAUCAUAGCAGAAGUAUGUCAUCUUUACAUAAAAGAAAUAUUUCUUCUCAGCAAGGUAAAGAGAGGACAGGUCAGUCACUGAAAACAUCAAGAGAUGCAUCACCUUCAGGGUCCACAUCAGUACCUUCAUCAAAGGCCUUGGAGAAGAGCAACAGACUGUCAGAAAAGGAACUUGCAGAAGCUGCAAGCAAGUGGGCAGCUGAAAAGUCAGAGAAGGCCGAGGAAAGCAAUAUACCUGAGAUAACAGAGUAUGAUGCUGGUUCUUCAGCUCCAUUAUACAUUGAGCAAGCAGAGGAAACAGAAGCAAAUCUAACAGAUAGUACAGAAUUACAUGAGGACAGCCAGCUUCUUAGUCGUUCAAAAGCAAUUGCAGCUAAGACAAAGGAGAUUGAACAGGUCUACAGACAAGACUGUGAAACCUUUGGCAUGGUAGUGAAGAUGCUAAUUGAUAAAGAUCCGUCAUUAGAGAAGUCCAUUCAGUUUGCCCUGAGGCAGAAUUUGCAUGAAAUAGGUGAGCGAUGCGUUGAAGAACUCAAACAUUUCAUUGCUCAGUAUGAUGCUGCCAACCAAGAUGUAUCAGAGUCCUUCAAAGAGGGCUCAUACUAAGGACAAAAAUUUGCUUUUAUCCUCUGCAUUGUGUCUGCCACAGUACAUAAAUCUGCUUUUUGUGGGGAAAGGGGAGCUCUUGUUUGAGGUUUGAACCCAAGGCCUGCGCUCCUUUGUAACAGCUCAGGUGUCUGUUCCCGUGUCUCCACAAUUGUAAUCAUCUUACCUGUUCUUGUUGAAAGGAUGUUCUUUUCAAAAAUGCUGUAAAGCAACAAACUGUUUUUGAAACCUUACACAGUUACCUUGAAAAAAAUGAUCUGUUUUCUGUACACUUAUGUUUUGAUGCUUAUAAGUGUAACUUGAAACACUAUGUUUUCAAUUAAAAUACAUGAAGCUGCUCUCAUUCCUCAAGUUAUGCACAAAUGUAUCUUGUUCACAUACAUACUAUAAGAAGGGAAAACUUGCAAAAUUGGUCACAAUUACGAUUUAAAUUAUUUAUUCUGGUUUAAUUUAAAAAUUCAGAUACAUUCCACAAAAUUACACUAUGGGUUAUCUCUAGUCCCUAAUUGCCAGAGCAAUUAACUUCUUGAUGUAAGAAGUGCUGUAUUCAUGUUCUAAUUGCAGGUUCUACGAAUGCCUGUUAAAUUUUGGUGUUUUCCAUAUCAUGACUCAUUUCUAGUAAGCAGUAUUAUGUAGGAUGGAUUCCAUUUUUUGUUACUGUUUGCUCUAUUUUGAAUACACUGUACAGAAUGUAGCUGUAGCAGCCACUGAGCAGGGAAAGGUCACUUUUCCUACUCUGUCGCUCUCCCCACUUAAAACUUCUCAAGCCUUUUCAUCUUCAGUUUUAACAAUAAGGAUGCUGUGAGUAAUCUUUAUUUCCAGCUUCAAAAAGGAGCAGGAAUUGGGGUGUUGAGGAUGGGCAAGGAAAAUGAGCAGGACCACCUCUCCAGUAAACCCAGGUUGCUUUGGAUUAGGUGUAAUACAAAGUUCAUCCCUAAGUCCUCAAAUUCACUCAUUUCAAACCUAGGUGAUUCUGGUUAGUGUCUGGCACCACUUUUGACCUGAUAGAACAACUUGCAGUUUUGGGAACAAUGGUUGAGGAAACCCAAAAUAAAUUUAUAUAAUAAAUAACAAAUAAAUUUAUUAAGAUACUGGAUUUUUAUGAACGUUUUAGGAAAGAGAUAAUCUGAGUUACAGUCGCAAAGAUGUAAUGAUUGUUUUGUAUACAUGCACAUUUAGAACAUAUGAAACUCUGUAAAAGGACUAAUAACCAAACUCAGUAUUUCCAGAUUUCAUCAGAAUGGUGUGCAGAAACACAAAGUGGCAAUGAUUUUGCAUGUACAAGGUACUGUAUGUAUCACAGUGUAUUACACAUGCAAAUCUUGAUAUGGUAUAUUAAAUAUGUGUUGCAUCAGAUUCCUGAGAUACCUGGUUAGUUCUCAUGUCAGUAAGGGGAAGUUUUGCAGUUGGCUUUUCUUAAGAGUUCACAAUGCUCCAAGGAGAUGACCUGCAACUACCCUUGUUAGCACCUGGAAUUGUGUGGGCUGCACAGUGAGUGGGAAUCAGCUCAUAGAUCCUACAGGAUGCUAAUCUGGGGAGGGAGAAAGGGGAAAAGAGGCAAACUGUUGUGAUGUAGUAGCGAGACCUGACCUGCCCCUUCUGGCAACUACCUGGUUUUACUGAGAUCAGUAGAAGUGUUCUCUGAUGCAGAAGCAUAACUACAGCACUUCACUACUUGCUUACAGGACAGAGAGCCUUCAGGAUGUUACAUAUGAGUUUCUACUUUGGGUUAGAAAUGCUAAUGGAAAAAUUAAUAAAAUCGUGUGUAAUAUAUUUUUUAUUAAAAAUCUCCAUUGUUACUGUACACUUUGUUAGGAGUUUCCUUUGUUAGAAGCCUGGUUAAGUUUACCAUUAUAAAAAUAUCCAAGUUUUCAAGUGCUUUUCCAUAAAGUAAGACCUAAAUUCACAGUCACAGAAUCAUAGAAUAUCUCAAGUUGGGAGGGACCUGUAGUGUUGGUUGAGUCCAACUCCCUCCUCCUCAGUGAACCACUAGGAGCAUUGUCCAGAAAGUAUGAACUUCCCCUGAUGCAGCCUUGUUCCAUUUCCUGGAAUCCUGUCACUGCUCACCAGAGAGAAUUCAUUUUGCCUGCCCCUCUGCUGCCCACCUUGAGGAACCUGUAGCAUGCAGUGGAGUCACCCUUCAGACUCAUCCAGGCUCCUCCUUUUAUCACCCUGAUCACCCUACUCUGGGCACACAAAUAGAUUUCUGUCCUUACAUUGUUGCUCCCAAAGCUUCUCCCAGCACUCAAGGAGAGGCUGCCCCAGCUCAGAGCAGAGCAGGACAAUCCUCUCCCUUGCCCAACUAGCCAUGCUGUGCCUGAUGCCCCCCAGGACAGGGUUGGCCCUCCUGGCUGCCAGGGCACUGCUGAUUUGUGUAUAAUUUGCCAUCAGCUGGGACCCUCAAAUCUCUUUGUGCAAGGCUGCUAUCCAACUCCUCAUUCCCCAAGUUUUAAGAAUAAUCAGGACUAUCCUGUCCCAGGUGGAGAAUCUGGCAUUUGCCCUUGUUAAACUUCAUGCAGUUGGUCAUUGCCCCCCAGCUUGUUAGUCUGUUCAGUUCUCUCUGCAGGACUUCUCUACUCUUGAGGGAGUCUGCAGCUCUUCUCAAUUUAGUAUCACCAGCAAAUGCACUCAGUGUAUAUUUGACUUAUCUAUCUCCAUUAAAGAGCACUGGCUUUAAAAUUGAGCCUUGUAGAGUUCCACUGGUGACAAGCUGCCAGCCUGAGGUAACCCAUUCACUGUGCCUAAUCAUUUGCUUAAUUUUUUUUUUUUUCAAUUGAUUAAAUUUUACCUGUGAACUAGGGAGUUUUUUGAGUUUUUUAAAGUGCUAUUUCUGUGAAAGGUUUAAUUCACAUUUCUAAGUGAUAGGUAACUGAUUUUCCAUCUAAUACUUGGGAUUGUGUUGAAUGUUUGCAUUUAACCUUUUGUGAUGUAUACACUUCAGUUGAUGUAAGUAAAAUAUACUAUGGCAGUCCCUUAACUUAAGGAAGAAACAUGACUUUUAGUCUUGCUUGCUUUACAAGUGUGUAUUUUGGAUUAGUUUCAUGUCAUGUAAAAAAAAAAUCGUCCCUGGUCUAGUGGUCAGCCUUAAUGGGGCUCUGAAAAGAUGUAGGAAGAACACUGGGGGAAAGAAACAUACUGUGACAGAGGAAUUUAAUUUGUCACCUUCAGAGCUUCUGUAAACAGAAAUUAUUCCUAGCACUUGUUAAU